AUGUCCGAUCAAUACAAUCAAGAUAAGUUGAAUCAAGAUUUUCAAAAUACAUCACUUGAUGGUGAGCAAUCUCAGCAAGCUUACUCCAACUCAUACAAUCCAAAUCAAGCUCAAUCUUUUGUGCCAUCUUCAGGUUAUCAACAGUUUCAAAAUUUUCAACCUCAACAACAGCAACAAUUUGGAGGACCUAAUCAAUAUCAAGGUAGUUAUCAAUCAAAUUACAACAAUAAUAAUAAUAACAGAGGUGGUUACAACCAAUAUAACAGUAGAGGAGGAUAUCAACAAUAUAAUAGCAGACAGCAGUACAAUGGGGGUCAACAAUACCAACCACAACAACAAUAUGGAGGAUAUCAAUCAUAUAACUCACAAGCUUCUCAACCACAACAAUCUCAAGGAAUGUCAUUAGCUGACUUUGAAAAACAAAAACAAUCUCAACAAGCUUCUUUGAACAAACCAGUUAAAAAGACUUUAAAAUUAGCCCCAUCAUCUGGUAUAAAAUUGGCCAAUAAAAAGGCUGAGACAAAAGAAGAUAAUAAAGAACCAUCUCCUGCUCCUUCAACUAAAGAUGAAGUGAAAGAAGAAAAAUCAAAACAAGAAAGUGCAAACGAAACUCCAGCAACAUCAUCUACCAAGGAAGAAAUUAAAGAAUCUACUCCUACACCAGUUUCAAAUCCAGUUAAAGAGUCAUCUCCAGCACCAAAGGAAUCAACGCCAGCACCAAAAGAAUCAACUCCAGCUCCAUCAAAAUCUAGUACUGCAAAAUCUUCGACUCCUGCACCAUCAGUAUCAGCCGAUGCAGUUGCAAAAGAACAAGAAGAUGAAGUAGAUGAAGAAGUUGUAAAAGAUAUGUUUGGAGGUAAAGAUCAUGUAUCUAUAAUUUUUAUGGGUCAUGUUGAUGCAGGUAAAUCAACAAUGGGUGGUAAUAUUUUAUAUUUAACUGGUUCAGUUGAUAAAAGAACUGUUGAAAAAUAUGAAAGAGAAGCAAAAGAUGCAGGUAGACAAGGUUGGUAUUUAUCAUGGGUAAUGGAUACAAAUAAAGAAGAAAGAAAUGAUGGUAAAACUAUUGAAGUUGGUAAAGCAUAUUUUGAAACUGAUAAAAGAAGAUAUACUAUAUUGGAUGCUCCAGGUCAUAAAUUAUAUGUAUCUGAAAUGAUUGGUGGUGCAUCACAAGCUGAUGUUGGUAUUUUAGUUAUUAGUGCUAGAAAAGGUGAAUAUGAAACUGGAUUUGAAAAAGGUGGUCAAACCAGAGAACAUGCUUUAUUAGCUAAAACUCAAGGUGUUAAUAAAAUAAUUGUUGUUGUAAAUAAAAUGGAUGAUCCAACUGUUAAUUGGUCACAAGAUAGAUAUAAUGAAUGUACUACUAAAUUAGGAAUGUAUUUGAAAGGUAUUGGUUAUAAUAAAGAUGAUAUUAUUAAUAUGCCAGUUUCAGGUUAUACAGGAGCUGGAUUAAAAGAUAGAGUUUCAUCAAAAGAUUGUCCAUGGUAUAAAGGUCCUUCAUUAUUAGAAUAUUUGGAUAAUAUGGAUACUUUAAAUAGAAAAAUCAAUGGUCCAUUUAUGUUACCAAUUUCUGGUAAAAUGAAAGAUAUGGGAACAGUAGUUGAAGGUAAAAUUGAAAGUGGUCAUGUUAAAAAAGGUUCAAAUUUAUUAUUGAUGCCUAAUAGAACAUCAAUUGAAGUAUUAACUAUAUAUAAUGAAACUGAACAAGAAUGUGAUUCUGCUUUCAGUGGAGAACAAGUAAGAUUAAAAGUUAAAGGUGUUGAAGAAGAAGAUUUACAAGCUGGUUAUGUAUUAACAUCACCUAAAAAUCCAGUUAAAACAGUUACAAGAUUUGAAGCACAAAUAGCAAUAGUUGAAUUAAAAUCAAUUUUAUCAAAUGGGUUUUCAUGUGUUAUGCAUUUACAUACUUCAAUUGAAGAAGUUAAAUUUAUUGAAUUAAAACAUAAAUUAGAAAAGGGAACAAAUAGAAAAUCUAAAAAACCACCUGCUUUUGCUAAAAAGGGUAUGAAAAUUAUUGCAAUAUUAGAAGCAUCUGAAAGAGUAUGUGCUGAAACUUAUAGUGAUUAUCCUCAAUUAGGUAGAUUUACUUUAAGAGAUCAAGGUACAACUAUUGCAAUUGGUAAAAUUACUAAAUUGUUAUAA